AAACCAGCUGGGGUUGGGUUGGCAAGCAUUUCACAAACCAUUCACAAAUCAUCUCAGGUAAGACAUUUUUUAUGGAAAUACAAAAAAAAUUUUUUAAUGUGUUUCGGCAACAUUAAUACUGUCUAGUGCUAUCAACUGUUGGUGAAGUGGGCUCCACUUUAACAUGCUGUCAUUUAUUGGUGAAACAUGCUCCACUUUAACAUGCUGUCAAAUAUUGGUGAAAUAUGCUCCACUUUAAGAUGCUGUCAAAUAUUGGUGAAACAUGCUCCACUUUAACAUGAUGUCAAAUAUUGGUGAAACAUGCUCCACUUUAACAUGCUGUCAAAUAUUAAUGAAACAUGCUCCACUUUAAGAUGCUGUCAAAUAUUGGUGAAAAAUGCUCCACUUUAACAUGCUCUCAAAUAUUGGUGAAACAUGCUCCACUUUAACAUGCUGUCAAAUAUUGGUGAAACAUGCUCCACUUUAAGAUGCUGUCAAAUAUUGGUGACAACAUGCUCCACUUUAACUUGCUGGCAAAUAUUGGUGAAACAUGCUCCACUUUAGCAUGCUGUCAAAUAUUGGUGAAACAUGCUCCACUUUAACAUGCUGUCAAAUAUUGGUGAAACAUGAUCCACUUUAAGAUGCUGUCAAAUAUUGGUGAAACAUGCUCCACUUUAACAUGCUGUCAAAUAUUGGUGAAACAUGCUCCACUUUAAGAUGCUGUCAAAUAUUGGGGAAACAUGAUCCACUUUAAGAUGCUGUCAAAUAUUGGGGAAACAUGCUCCACUUUAACAUGCUGUCAAAUAUUGGUGAAACAUGAUCCACUUUAAGAUGCUGUCAAAUAUUGGUGAAACAUGCUCCACUUUAACAUGCUGUCAAAUAUUGGUGAAACAUGCUCCACUUUAAGAUGCUGUCAAAUAUUGGGGAAACAUGCUCCACUUUAAGAUGCUGUCAAAUAUUGGGGAAACAUGCUCCACUUUAAGAUGCUGUCAAAUAUUGGUGAAACAUGAUCCACUUUAAGAUGCUGUCAAAUAUUGGUGAAACAUGCUCCACUUUAACAUGCUGUCAAAUAUUGGUGAAACAUGCUCCACUUGACCAAAAAACGAUCUCUGAAUGGUGUUUGUGUACCCUCUGCAAACGAAUGACGUAGAAGCUAGUAGUCGUGUUGAACUUUGAGUUACAUCAAAUACUCGAUGCCAUUUGAUACGUUUUGAGAUCACCUGACAUUGCUUUGUUUUGUUUUCUAUUGCGCAAUCCAUUCAGAAAUCGCUAUCAAUAGUUUAAAUUUCAGAAAUAAAAGUUGUUGUUUUAUUUUAAUCAGUUAAGCCUUCUUUAAAAAUUCACGUUUAAAAUAUGCAUCAUACUUCCUAAUCCACAAUGGACAGCAGCAUGCCCUGCAACAUCAGUCAAUAGCAAAAAGAAGUUUCACUAGAGGCGUCACUAGAUUUUUAACUAGAGGUGUCACUAGAGGUGUCCGUAAAGGUGUCCCUAGAGGCGUACCUAGAUUUUCCACUAGUGGUUUCACUAGAGGCGUCACUAGAUUUGUAACUAGAGGUGGCACUAGAGGGGUCCGUAGAGGUGUCACUAGAGGUGUCCGUAGAGGUGUCUCUAGAGAUGUACCUAGAUUUUCCACUAGUGGUUUCACUAGAGCGUCACUAGAUUUGUAACUAGAGGUGUCACUAGAGGUGUCCGUAGAGGUGUCCCUAGAGGCGAACCUAGAUUUUCCACUAGUGGUUUCACUAGAGGCGUCACUAGAUUUGUAACUAGAGGUGUCACUAGAGGGGUCCAUAGAGGUGUCACUAGAGGUGUCCGUAGAGGUGUCCCUAGAGAUGUACCUAGAUUUUCCACUAGUGGUUUCACUAGAGGCUUCACUAGAUUUGUAACUAGAGGUAUCACUAGAGGUGUCCGUAGAGGUAUCCCUAGAGGUGUACCUAGAUUUUCCACUAGUGGUUUCACUAGAGGCGUCACUAGAUUUUUAACUAGAGGUGUCACUAGAGGUGUCACUAGAGGUGUCCGUAGAGGUGUCCCUAGAGGCGUACCUAGAUUUGUAACUAGAGGUGCCCCCUGGAGUUGUCACAGAAUAGAAAAAUAAUCGCGGUCCCAUCCUGAUCCAAAGGACAAAGAACUACAUAUUCAUCAUACUGUACCCAAGUGUUCCAAGAGACGGAGAAAGACCUUGCAUUCCCCAGAGAAAGAGUAAAUAAAAAAUAGCAAAAACGCACAGAAAGCCAACUUGGCAAUAUUCUCCAAAACACUAAUCAACAUCGCUUAGAACGUCAAUGGUUUGUGACACAUUGGUGUCAACUGUGUCCUUUUUCGCCUUUCAUUUGUAUAUAUAUAUAAAAAAGUAGUAUUUCUUUUCUGUUUUCUCGUUUGAAGACCAAAUAAAGUUGUCCAUCUCUUCUCGUCGGAGGUAUGGAAUGUAAUUAUUUUUUUUUUUAAUGUUGUCUUUAAUCCUAGUUUUCUUUUUUUUUUAUUUUCAUAGGUAAGUCCGGCAACAUGUCCUUCUUAGUCGCCAUUUUCCUUUGCCUUCCGGCCCUGACCUUGUGCCAAGUAGAUGAAGUACAUACACUUGCGGAUGAUGUCUUCCGUAGACUUGACCUUGAUGGCGAUGUCCAUGUUGAAAAACAGGAACUUGUCGAUUAUUUUAAGGUUAGUCUCUGACCCCGUUUUAGGCUUAAGUUAUAACAGAGCUUCUUGAUUUUUUUUUAUGGUAGUUGAUACAAAUCUAUAUGGUUUUUAAAAUGCUAGGCCUCCAAACUUUUUUCUUUUUAUUGAAAUAACGAGAUGAGUAAAGUGUUGUUACGUGUACUAAAGAAAAUCAUAAUUUUUCUAGCGCAAGCAUGAUGACUAAAGAUAGUUAAUCCCAAUUUUAAACAUCAGCGUUCAGAUUUUAAUCUGUAGUAAUCAAUUAGGUUAAGAAUUCUUAUAGCUUUCUUGAUUUCUUUCUUCUUUUUUUAUUAUAGCUGACUUUGCAUCCUUUAGUUCUCUGCUGUUAUUUUUUUUUCCUUUUCUUUUUACCUUUAUAUCCCCUUAUCUUAUUGCCUAUUAUUAUUAAUAUUGAUAUUAGUUUUAAAAAACUGUGGAUUGGAUCGAUACUUAAAACACCAAUUCUAAUAGUUUUAAAAGGAAUUACAAAAUAUCUUGAUUCAAAAUUAUAUGAUUUUUUUUUUUAAUCAUUCAAAUUUCACCCGAGGUUGUCGGGGCAUGGACCAUGGUAAAAGUUCAAAUACCCCUUUUAAAUAUGAAAUUAUCGCAUUCUUAUUAUAAAAAAAAAAAUCUGAAGUUGUCUUCUUGAUGUCUGUAUAAAAAGACCUACGACCGUAAUGGAGACGGAAGAGUCUCCCAACAAGAGUACGUCACCGUGAUCGACUCCAUCUACGCGAGUAACCCCGAGUGGCAACGCAUAACCCACGGUCUCUUCAACAAGUUGGACUACAACAACGACAUCCACCUCGACGUGCUGGACUACGACAGGAUCUUCUCCUCUGCCGACGCCAACGCCAACGGUCUAGUGGCUGAGAAUGAAUUUAACACGUGAGUGGGUGGCUUUAACGUGACGAUGAAUAUAACUUUAAAAACUGUUAGCAUAGGUAGACAUGACGAACAGAAGCAAAUAUGCAUUUAGCAUACCUGGCGAUAUAACCCGUACCGUUAAAAUUUUGUAUUAAUCUCAAUAUGACGUAGGUGUAUGGUAGAACUCAGGGGGGAAAUAGUUGUCAGUUUUAAGCUAGGUCACAGAUCAGAGCAUUUUUUGGUUUUUUAACUUCAGUAAGUAGAUAGAUAAAGUUCCAGGCGUAAAAACAGGCGUUGGGUAUAAUAAAGAGGUCACGUGUGAAUUAGGUUCAUAUAUAUAGAGUGUCGAACAGGUGCCUAUGUCUAAAGUAAGUGCCAAGAGUAGCACGUGUGUAGCUUAAAUCAAAUAACAAGAUCUUAUGAUAUAAAGUUUUGAUUCCUUUUGUUUCACUCCUUUCUUUCAGAUUUUUUCAUAAUCUUGUGAAUGGAAGACCGUAAGACAAAGAAAAAGCGCUCUCAGUUCUGACAGCUAGAUUUAAAUAUAUGGAUAUUAAACAAAUACUUUUCAUCUAUCAA